AUGUCGUCCGACGACAGCGCACCCAGGCCGGUUGUUAGCCCGGAGCAGCAAGAGUACCACGAGCACCAUGCCUCGACGCACCUCCCCACCUCGAUGACAGCACCGACGCCUUACGGCAAGAUGCUCACACGCCUUGAAAUCGCUUCAACACACAUCCCGAGUUUCUACAUCACUCCCUUCUGCGGCGCAAUGGCCGGUGUGGCCUCGGGUAUCGUGACAUGUCCUCUCGACGUCAUCAAAACUAAGUUGCAGGCACAAGGUGGUUUUUUACGCAGGCGAGGGGAACAUCUAACAGAGACCGCUCAAAUAUACAGAGGAAUGAUUGGUACGGGAAAGACGAUAUGGAAGAGUCAAGGAAUUCGAGGGUUAUAUCAAGGGUUGGGACCAAUGUUACUUGGGUACUUGCCGACAUGGGCCGUCUAUCUUACAGUGUAUGAUAAGUCCAGGGACUUUUGGGAAACAAAGACAGAUAAUUGGUGGUUGUCAAGGACGUAUGCAUCCGUUACCGCUGGUUCCUGUUCAACCAUAGUAACGAACCCUAUUUGGGUAAUCAAAACGAGAUUAAUGUCGCAAAGUGGAGGUAGACUUUCUGGAGAUGGCUUCAUUCCCUGGCAUUAUCGAAAUUCAUGGGACGCCGCGCGAAAGAUGUACAUGACCGAAGGUGUUCGUGCUUUUUACUCAGGCCUCACGCCAGCCCUACUCGGUUUAUCGCAUGUGGCCAUUCAAUUUCCACUGUAUGAAUAUUUCAAGAUGGCAUUUACGGGAUAUGGCAUUGGUGAGCACCCGGAUGAAGGUGACUCACACUGGGUCGGGAUUUCCUUGGCAACUUUCCUCAGCAAAGUAUGCGCCAGUACCGCUACAUAUCCUCACGAAGUACUGCGCACACGACUACAAACCCAACAACGACAUCCACCAGCAUCAUCUCCCGAAGGAAUCGCAUUCCGAGGCGGACUGGAUCAGCCAGCCGAUCGUGGCCGACCACCUGGCGCCGCAUCAUCUGACGGCAUGCCAAACAGACCCCGUUAUGCCGGUGUCUGGCGUACAUGUCAAACAAUCCUUCGCGAGGAAGGAUGGCGUGCAUUCUACUCAGGAAUAGGCACCAAUCUGAUACGAGCCGUUCCUGCAGCCAUGACCACUAUGCUUACAUAUGAAUAUCUCCGAAAAAAGAUCAAUACGCUCCAGCAUGAAGGUCAGAAGCGGCUGGAUGAUAUAAAUGCGGUAGGUGAUACCUUUAUUUAG